UUUAGAGAAUUCUAAAGAUGUCUAUCUAUGAGAUGCUCAUCUUCACGAGGAAAGGUGACUGUAUCUUCCACCUUGACCUGACAGAGAAACUUGAUUUCUCAGACACCCAGAAGAUCACCGGCAGGAGAAAACUGGUAUUUGGACUCCUACUCUCGCUUAAAUCGUACGUAAAGAUGCUCUCUGCUGAGGAAUUUAAGUGAUAUUCCACUUCUUGAUACAAACUGCACUUUUAUGAGCUGCUGACAGGGAUAAAAUUUGUGCUGAUCUCCACUCCAAAAAUAGCAGGCGACCUGACUCACUUAUUGAAGAAUAUCUAUAUUUACCAAUAUAUUCCGUUUUUGAGCAAGAAUAUCGCUUAUGAGCUUGGAACCCCCAUAAAAUGCAAGCAUUUUAGAGAUAAUAUAGAGGAAGAGCUCAGACAGUACUCUAACUAGACCACUGUAGCAAGAUCCUGAGACAAAGUCUGAUA